GCGGGCCAGCAGAGCACCGGCGGCCGGACACAGGCCGGAGAGCUGGACCAAACAGUGGACAGGCGGGUCACCAUGGAGUCAGGGAGAGGUCACCUGAAUCUGAAAACAGCCCUGCUGACCAUGAUGAUGUUUAAGUGGGGGACGCUGUGCACGGCCACCUCUGAGCGCUGCCUGUCCUCCCCCUGCCAGAACGGGGCCAGCUGUGUGGAGACCCUGCAGGACUACGCCUGCAUCUGCCCCGGCGGGGGGCUGCGCUACACGGGCAAACACUGUGAGGAGCUGUACGACGCCUGCUCCUUCGCCCCCUGUGAGAACUGCACCAGCAGCCCCGGGACCAGCGAGUACCACUGCCUGUGCCCCCCCGGCCUCACGGGGGAGAACUGCACCCAGGAGGUGGACGAGUGCCAGAGCAGCCCCUGCUCCGGCCCCCGCUCCCUGUGCGUGGACCAGCACCACGGCUACUUCUGCCGCUGCCCCCCCGGCCACGGGGGGCCGGACUGCCGGGACCAGGUCACAGACUGCAUCCACCAGCCCUGCGGGAACAGGGGCACCUGUGUGCUCCGGCCAGACGGGUUCCAGUGCCUCUGCGCCCCCGGGUACGAGGGGGCCGCCUGCCAGGAGGAGGUGAACGAGUGCGUGUCGCAGCCCUGCCAGAACGGGGCCAUCUGCGUGGACGGCGUGGCGGAGUUCCACUGCUUCUGCGUGCCCGGGUUCCAGGGCUUCAACUGCGAGAUCGACAUCAACGAGUGCGCCUCCAAACCCUGCAAGAACAACGCCACCUGCAUCAACGAGCAGGACCACUACCAGUGUGAGUGUCUGCUCGGAUUUGAAGGAAUCAACUGUGAGUCGGAGAUAGACGAGUGUGAGUCGGACCCCUGUCAGAACGGAGCCACCUGCCACGACGCCUUCGGCUCCUACUCCUGCGAGUGUCCGCUGGGGUUCGAGGGGGCCGACUGCGAGGUGGACAUCGAUGAGUGUGCCAGCGGGCCCUGUGAGAACGGCGGGCUCUGCCACGACAUGGUGAACAGCUAUGAGUGUGACUGCGAUGAAACAGGAUUUGAGGGACACAACUGUGACAUUGACAUCCCAGAGUGCGCCUCCCACCCCUGCCAGCACGGCUCCACCUGCCUGGAGGGAGUCAACGGAUACACCUGCCUGUGCUGGCCAGGUUUUAGAGGGCCCAACUGUGAGGUGGACAUAGACGAGUGUGCGGAGCAGCCCUGUGAGAACGGCGGGGAGUGUUUCCAGCGCUCGGACCCGUCCCACUGGGAGCUGGACUGGGAGCUCAGCUUUGCUGAUGCAGCUGGAUACAUCUGCCAGUGCCAGCCAGGUUUUGCAGGAGAGAACUGCUCCGUAAACAUUGACGAGUGUGAAUCGGAGCCCUGUCAGAAUGGAGCCACCUGUCAGGACGAGACCAAUGGUUACGUCUGCCUAUGCUGGGAGGGAUUCUUAGGUGAGCUGUGUGAGGUCAACGUGGACGAGUGUGAGAGCCAGCCCUGUGAGAACGGGGGCUGGUGUGAGGACGGGAGGGCCUCCUACACCUGCCACUGUCCGGAGGCCCCGGCCGGGGAGCUUCCCUGGGGGGGGGACCACUGCCACGUUAGGCUCUACGGCUGCGUGGACCACGGGUGUGAGAACGGGGCCACCUGCCUCCCCCGGCUGGAGCAGGGGGAGCACGCCCACUCCUGCCUGUGUCCUCACGGCUUCUCGGAUGAGCUCUGCUCCACCAGGACCACGUUCUCCAUGUCCCUUCCGGGAUUUGUCCACGUUGCCGUGGCUCCGGAGGACCCGGCUCACGGGGAGAUGAAGGUGGUGGACCAGCGCUUUGGGGUCCAGCUGCGCUUCCGCACCACCAUCCCCAGCCUGCCGCUCUUCUACCGAGGAGACGCCGACAGCUACCUGUUCCUGGAACUCUCAGAGGGGGGGCUCCACGCUAAAGCCUUUUCUGAAGACUCGGAGCUGGACGUGACGUUCCCCGGCUCCAUCAGCGACGGGCACUGGAGGGGGGUGCACGUGGUUGUGGGUGGUGAGGGCCUGGCCCUGACCCUGACAGGCCCGGACUGUGAGGCAGACGGGUGCACGGUGACCGACGGGGACCCGGAUGAGCCCCCGUUCAAGCCCUCCGGAGCCUUCUCCAGCGUCUACAUCGGCGGAGCCCCAGAGGAGUUUCUGGAGCGUUCUGGAAGCGGCGCAGGAUUCGUUGGCUGCAUGGAAGACCUGAUGAUUGACUCUAAGCUGGUUCCACCCCAGGCACUCCCGGAGCUCCAGGGCCUGGAGCUGGGCUGCCGUAAGGCGGAGUGGUGUGAGUCUGACCCCUGUAACGGACACGGACGCUGUGUGGAUCUGUGGACCAGCUACCGCUGCGACUGCCACCGCCCCUUCCACGGCCAGAACUGCUCUGAAGAAUUCCCGCCCAUGACCUACAGCCAUGAGGACACUCAGAGCUUCAGUGCCUUCAGGGUGGGCAGGAGCCACGGGAGCAACUUCAGCGUGUCCUUCUUCCUGAAGACUUUAAAACCAGACGGGCUGCUCUUCCAGCUGAGGAGGCCCACCGGGGGGGCCGAGGAGGAGGUCUACUUCUCCAUCUACCUGGGCAUGGGGCGGGUUUUUGUCAGCUCCCUGGCUAACAGCACCCCACUGACUGCUCCGGUUUUUGUGAGCUCUGGAGAGAAGCAGUUCCUGAUCGUGGAGGUCAGACGCAGCCAGGUGUUUUUUUACCACGCAGACCUCCCUUACAGAAUAGGAGACAUUCCGGAGAUGACUAUUUCCAGUGGAGAUCUCUUCUAUGUUGGAGGACUUCCCAGAGACUUGGACUCUGAUAGGUGGGGUGGACAUUUCAAGGGCUGCCUCCAGGACCUUCGACUGGACUCUGUACAUUUGGAUCUGGAUGGCUGGAAAACCUCAGAUGAAGUUUAUCCCCCCACUGAUGCUGAAAAUGUGAUGAAGGGCUGCAUAAGUGAUGACACGUGCAAGAUGAAUCCUUGUCAGAAUGGAGGAGAAUGCUCCGUCCUCUUCAACGAUUUUUCCUGCUCGUGUGAGCAGAAGUACACGGGGAAGACCUGUGAGACCCCCGUCUGGUGUGUCAGUGACCCCUGUGUCAGUGGGGGCCACUGUGUGGACCUUCCUGAUGGAUAUGAAUGCUUAUUCAACGCCACGUUUGAGAACGACUCCCUGCAGUACAGUUCUGGCGGCACCCUGUCCGAGCCGGUGUCGGACAUCUACCUGGAGCUGCGCAGCCGCUCGGACACGGCCGUGCUGCUGCGGGCGGCCCUGGGCUCCCAGCUGCUCCUCGUGGGCCUGCUGGACUCCUCCGUCUGGGUCAAGAUCCACACGGGCAACGACAUCGAGCCUGUGGUCCUGAAGGGGAGUCGGCAGGUGGCGGACGGGCUCUGGCACCGGGUGAGGGUCUUCCUGGCGGGGGGGGGGCCCCGGGCCUCCCCCUGGGUCAUCACGGUGGACGGGAUCACGGACGCCCGCGGCGGCGGGCAGCAGCCGGGGGGGCUGGGCUUCCUCAACCAGGAGGGCGUGCUGCUGGUGGCCGCCGAGAGCUUCUCCGGCUGCCUGGGCGCCGUGCGGGUGGGCGGGGUCUACCUCCCGUUCGGGGGGGACAGAGACAGGCCCCAGCGUUCCCAGUUCAACCUGGUGGGGGCCCCGGAGGUGCGGCUGGGCUGCCGGGGGGCCCCGGUGUGUGAUCCGGACCCCUGUCUGAACGGGGCCACCUGUGAGGACCUGUUCAACCGCUUCUCCUGCGCCUGCGGGCCGGGCUGGGAGGGGCCGCUCUGCGGGCAGGACCGGGACGACUGCGCCCCCCAGCCCUGCGUGCACGGCCGCUGCCGGGACUUCCUGUCCGGGUUCCAGUGCGAGUGCGAGCCCGGGUACGGGGGCCCGGUCUGUGAGCAGGACCUGGACGAGUGUGACCACCACGCCUGUGAGCACGGGGGGGCGUGCCAGGACGGGGUCAACGCCUACAGCUGCGUGUGCCCCCAGGACUACAGCGGCCCCCGCUGCCAGUGGGAAUAUCCCCCUCUACAGUGUGGUAAAGAUGUCCAGUGUGUGAACGAUGGCGUCUGUAGUGACGGUUUGUGGGGAGCUAACUGUACGUGCAUGCCAGGUUUCACAGGCAGCAGGAACGGAGGCGUCUGUUUGGACCGGUUCAGCAUGUUUGUGUGUGAAUGCCCGUCUGGAUUCAGUGGUCCAAUCUGUGACAUCAACAAACAAGCCCAAAAGCAGGAGAUGUCCUGGCUCAUAGUGGCCAUCCUCCUGCUGUGUGUCAGCGCCCUCAUCGUCUUCAUCGGCCUGACCUUCGUGGUGCUCACAGCCAGGAAGAAGCGCCAGUCGGAGGGCGUGUACAGUCCCAGUACCCAGGAGCUGGCUGGAGCCCGUCUGGAGAUGGACAGCAUGCUUAAGGUCCCACCAGAAGAGAGACUCAUCUGACAUCUGCUCCCAUGGGAUUCUAUUUAUAUGAAGAAUGUGGUUGAGAUACAGCCGGUUCUCCGGCUUCUUUUUUUGCAUGGCUUUGUGUAAGCAAAGCCAGAUCCUCUGAAGUUGGGCUCAUAUGUAAAUAUAUGUACACAGAUUAGAGCACAGCCUCAGGCGUUUCAUGGUCGACUUGUCCUCAUCAUUCCAAAACAACCAGUUUUCUUAGACUCAUUAUCGUCUAUUAGAAAUGCAUUAUCGUAGUCUUUCAUGUCCUGAAAUGGGCAGUGUACCACUUGGGCCUCCGGAGCCAGUUUCUAAAAACUGCAAGUCGGUUUCCAGCUUGAGAAACCAUAAAAACGUCUGAUCACAGAAUCUGCUAUUUUUUUGUCUGAUUAAUGAAUGAUGGUUGGGUUUAAAAACCCGUUCUACGUUUCUAUUGCCUAAAACGUCUAUGUGAAUAUCCACAAUAACAGCAUGUAAAAAUGCAAAUUUUAUAAGCAGUUUACUUUAAAUAAAGCGUAUUUAACAGAAAACAUAUAUGUAUGCGAGGCAUUUUAGUGUUUUAAAACAAAAAUAUGAUACCAGGAAGACAUUUUAAAAAUGUUGGUAAUGGUCCAUAUUUCCUUUAAACUUUGACUACUGUUAAACAGUAUCCGGUCCCCUUUAUCCUAACUUCAUCCAGUCAUCCGGUCACUAAACCAUUCAUUCGGGGAUGGAGCUAAUGCCAGCUGACACUGAACGAGAGGGAUUUUGUAUUUUGUAAUAAAAAAUAAGACGAAUGUUUUAAAUUGGACCAGAACUGUGUUUGUGUACUCGGUACAUAUCGGUACUAUCUGUGUUUACACUUUAACACGUUUCCUGACUAUUUGUUUACAGAAGACAGGCAUUUUUAAUUCAUCAUCACAUUUCAUGGUUGCAUUUAAACCUGUAUUUGUGGGUAGUACAAUGUGCUGCUUGUCAAAUCCUUGGAUUUUUCUGUUUUAUAUCUAAAGCAUCUCGAUCUUUUAUUGACUUCUGUUCAUUUGCAGCUUGUUCACACCCGGUGUCUUUGUCCGAAUGAUUUCUUUCAAACCUUCAAAAUAUCUACUCCCAGUUUACAGUUGAUAUUUAACUUGUUUUUCCUUUUCAAGUUGCUUCUUGUCAUGUUAACUGAAGCUUAUUUCUGGAUUAUGAGCUUGUUUACUUGUAUUCUCAGUAAGUUUCUAAUUAAAAGCCUCAGAGAACAUCCACCUUUUCACUCCUUUAUUGGGUGAUCAUUCACAGACAAUGAUGUUU